AUGUUUACAUUCUCACUAAUCCUUAAAACUCUAAAAGAGCUGCCGCCACCGCCGCCGCCGCUGCCGCCGCCGCCGGUGCCUCUGCUGCUGCUGCAGCCCAAGCAUCCGGGAGCCGCCGCCGUCGCCGCUGCCGCCACAACCGCUGCUUCUACCGCUGCCACCUCCCCUCCCAGGACCCCGAGACACCCUGAGCACGAGCGGCGGCUGCUGCUUGCUUGCUCCCCCUCUGCCCCCGCCCCUCCCUUCCGUGACCUACCCACUCCUUGCAGCCCUAGCCCGCACCUUUUCCAACACCCCGGCAUCCCUGCACCACCUGCUCGGGCAGCCCCGGCGGGCUCUGGGACUUGCUGUGCGCGCCGAGAGGAAGGCAAGCUCCGAACCCGUGCCUGGCUGACGGGCUAUCGCGGCUGCACCACAGGCAGGAGGAGGAGAAGAAACUAUUUCGCUCACCGAAACCCCAUUCUGCGGGUGCUUCGCAGCUACCGCUUCUGCUGCCUCCAAUCCAGGUCCGAGGGUUCGAACACCGCAGCGGCGGGGACGGUGGGUCCAACAGGCUCCGGGAGGACACCGGCGGAGCCCUGCACUCUGGUGUCCCACUCACCAGCAUCUCCUUGCCCCCUCGUUCCUUCCCUAACCCAUUAGAGAAGGGACCAUGAUUUGGAAACGCAGCGCCGUUCUCCGUUUCUACAGUGUCUGCGGGCUCCUGCUACAAGGUAAUCCCCGCCCCGCCGCGGGGAGCAUCAACUUCACGCCCAUUCCCCAUCAUCCCCACUCCACCCCAUAUUUCCACUCUCCCCUUUCAGUUCCCCAGUCCCCGGCGAUUUCCACCCCCUCCCCCUACUCCCCGGUGCGGCAGGGGGCAGUGGCAGUUUGCUCCAGACCCUCGAAUCUCUAGCACUGGCUCAGCCUUGCUCUCCCAGCAGUCAGCCCCUUUACGCGGCACCUUUCGCCUUUUCAUUCACCUGAGCCUCCUACAUCUCUCACUCUCAGUCCCCGCCAGCCACCCCCCCCCACCUCCCACGCCUUUUGGCUGGCAACUUGUGCCUUCUCUGAACAUUAUACCCUCCCACCAACCCCCACCAGCCACCUCCCACAUCACGCUCCUGACCGACCCUCUCCAUCCUUGUCAUCUGUCUAACCUCCCCCUUUUCGGGUCGCCUUUCUCUUUCCCCUUUUCCCACCAUCAUCAUAUCCGUGUAUCUUUAAAAAGUGAGUGAGAGCCUGGGAGCGAGCUACCGAGACGGCGAGAACAGCAGCAGCGGCACCGUGUGCAUUGCAAUAACAUCCCCGGGGGGGGGGGAAAUGUGUUGUGAGACGUGUCAUUCACCUAAGAAGAGAGAGGAGACUGUGUCUGGGAUUUAAAAA